AAUUUCGUAGUUCAUUUUUAACUCUUACUCCCUCUCUGUCUUCUCCUCCAAAAUUCCGAACUUAACGAAACCAAAAUACAGACAGACAAGGAAAUGGAAAACACCACUGUCAUCUCCGGCGACAAGCCCACCGUGAUGGUCACAAACGACGACGGAAUCGAAGGCCCUGGCAUUCUCGCUCUCGUCCAAGUCCUCGUAUCCACCCAUCGCUACAAUGUCCUCGUCUGUGCGCCCGACUCGGAGAAGUCGGCAGUGAGUCACUGCAUCACAUGGCUCCAUCCGAUUGCUGCCAAGAAAGUGCGUAUCAAUGGGGCAACAGUGUUUGCUGUUUCUGGAUCUCCAGCUGAUUGUGCUUCUUUGGGUGUUUCCAAAACGCUUUUUCCUUCAAUUCCUGACCUGGUAAUCAGUGGCAUAAACCAGGGCAGCAACUGCGGUUAUCACAUCGUUUACUCUGGAACGGUGGCUGGUGCCCGUGAGGCCUUUCUUAACGGUGUACCUGCUAUCUCUAUAUCAUAUGAUUGGGUUAGAGGUAAGAGCAACAUUAAUGACUUCACACUUGCUGCGGAGGCUUGCUUACCGAUCAUAAAUGGAGUACUGGUGGAAUUAAGAAACAAAACCUAUCCUCAAAGAUGUUUCUUGAAUGUAGAUCUUCCAUGUAACGUUGCUAAUCAUAAGGGGUAUAAGCUGACUAAGCAAGGCAAAAGUAUGAUAAAAAUGGGGUGGAGGCAAGUUACUUCGGACACGGAAGGCGGAAAAAUGUUGUCAACAAUGGUAAAUUCAACUGCAUCAGCUGAAAGUGAUACAUCAACCACGCCAGCUGAAAAUCUUUACUUCGCCAGAGAAGUAAGGGGUGCCCAAGUUGAUGAGGAUGAUAAUGACCACUGCUUUCUUCAAGAAGGAUAUAUUACUGUCACUCCUCUUGGUGCCAUAACAAAUGCUGAGAUAGACUGCCACACCUACUUAAAAGAGUGGCUUCCAAAAGUGGUGGAGCGUUCCCUCUCCAUCAGCUUUAUAAAGCUAUUAAAGCACCUGGUUAGUAUAACAGAUUUCUGGAGGGAAUUUUCACGCUAACGUACGGAUCCAGCAAAUUUCUGGAUGAGUGCUACUCUGAACAGGGUUUUCAGUUUGACUCUUGACAUUAUAUAUACUAAAACUCAGUUGAGUUUUAGCACUCUUCAGCAAUAGUAAAAGAGCGGAAAUGCUCCUGAUUUUUUGGGUCCAUUACCAUUAUGCUGCCUACUUCACACAAUAAAAUACCUGUAUUGCCCAUGA